GUUACAUCCACACCCACACACUCCGCCACACUCACACCCACAUUCAUGGAUUUACAGUUGAGGCAAGCAGAUAGGCGAAUACAUAUUAUUUGUGAAUAAUGAAACUGAAGUAAAGCAGAGGGAAAAGAAAGGAACAGGGAGAAAGAAGGAAAUAGAGGAGGGAAGAGAGGAAGAAAGGGAGAGAGGAAGAGAGAGAAAAAGCACAUAAGAUGCAAAUUGCUUAAGUCAAAGAACUUUUAUUAGAGAGGGAAGAAGAAUGUUAUUGGUUACAUAGACUUUAUAGUAACCACAGCUAAACAUAAUUCAGUCAUGACUUAUACCCAACACAACCAAAUUUACUUUUGUCUUUACUAUUAUUGCCGGUUUGCAAAACCAAGUUACACAUGUUAAAAUGACAAGAAUGCCUUCAAAUAACUUAAACAAGCAUCUAUUUUUAUAUAUUACAUUAUGUAUAACUGUUGUCUGUGUUCAAUGUCGGGAAACUGCAGAUGAAGACAUCGUUAAGAAAGGACGUGAUGUCAUCAAUAAUUUAUACCAACGUUUCCCGGGAAAAGAAGUUGACCUUGUCUUUAUACUUGACCGAUCAGCCAGUAUUCCACCCCAAGGUUGGAGUUCUAUGAUAACAUUUAUCCGUUCCAUUCUUGAACAUUUCUCAGUGACUGGAGAACAUACAAGAGUUGCUGUUAUAACGUAUGGUUCCCAUGUUAGUUUGGAAAUUAAUGAUUUAAAUGAGAAACACACUACAAAAUGUUCUUUAAUGAAACAAAUAAAACAAAGACUAGAAAAGAAAGUAAUGGCAGGUUAUACUGCCACCUAUGAUGCUUUGAAAAGAGCACAAAGUAUUCUUUUAAACUCAAGGCGAAAUGCCAAAAAGGCUGUUUUUGUCUUAACUGAUGGAAAAUCAAAUGUUGGCCCAAAUCCUGUGCGGGCUUCACUGGAAAUCCGUGCCCUUCGUUGGAAUAGCAAGUGGAAUUCUACAGCCCAUGGUCCUCAAGUUGAAAUUUAUGCAUUUGGCAUCAAAGAUGCUAACUUACCCGAGUUGGAAUACAUUGCUUCACAACUGAAGAACCAUACAUUCUUCAUUCCUGAUUUUUCGACCUUCUCACUUCUUGCCAGACAGCUUCAUAACGGCAGUCAGAAAGAAAUCUGGGAAGUUGCAAACAGGAAUUUCUGUAAUGAAAAAUGUUCUAAGAAUGCUGUGUGUUCAUGUGGAACAAGGGUUGGUCAAUACCAGUGCAUCUGUAAUGCUGGAUAUGAAGGUGAUGGUAUCACAUGUAAAUUGUGUCAAAAAGGUUACUUCAAAAGAUCAUUAAGUCCUGGAAAAUGUCAACCAUGUCCUCACAAUUCCACUACCUUCAAGGAAGGAGCUGAAAUUAUUACAGAAUGCAUUUGUCAUCCAGCUUACUACAGAGAAAGUCCAAGUGAUAUCUGCAGAUUACAUUAUUGUGAGAAACUGAAAGAUAUCAAGCAUGGCUACAGUUUUCAUGUUGAGGGAGCCAUAAAAGAUGAAGUACCAAACACAAAUAUUUCUUGUAAAAACACGCCUAAAGAUUCCUGCCAUUAUCAGUGUGAUGUUGGUUACAGACUAGAUUCUAAUCCAGUGUUAAUAUGUGAACCCAAUGGAACUUGGUUCGGUACCGUUCCAAAAUGUAGAGUUGUUGAUUGUAAAACAUUGACUGAAAUUGGUGAAGAUGUUGAAAAUGGAAACAUCGAAUAUCCUAACAAGACCACUACAUAUGGCUCGUAUGUAAGGGUAAACUGCCGAUCUGGUUGGCAGGCAUUUGGAGACAAAGUACGAAAGUGUAACAGCCAUGGAGUAUGGUCUGGCACUCGUACCUGGUGUGUUGAAGCAAAAUGUAAGCCUUUAUCUUCUAUUGAUGAAGGUUCGCUUAGACCUCAUGACUGUUCCAAAAGAAAUAGCAAUCCAGGUGCAAUAUGCAGAUAUACAUGUAAAAAAGGGUACAAAUUAAUUGGACCUUCUCAGAGGAAAUGUGGUAAUCAUGGAGAAUGGAAUGUCACCAAAGAAACUAAAUGCGUUGAUGUCGAACCUCCAAAAUUUAAAUGCCCAGCAGACAUGACUGUACCUGCAAUAAACCAGGGUUAUGCUAUUGUCCAUAUAAAUACUGAAAACCUUGAAAUGAGUGACAAUUCUGAAUAUGUAAGAUUAACACACAGUGGCCUUACUGAAAACCCUGCACGAUUUAAACUGGGCUUCCACCAAAUUGAAUUCGUUGCCAUAGACAGAGCUGGAAAUAAGGUCUCCUGUAUACAGCGUAUAAAUGUUCUACAAGAAACAAUCACGAUGAAGUUUUGUCCUUCAAAUAUAAACAUUACCAUUGCAUCUGAAUUCCAAGUUGCAGUCACUUGGCCGGAACCAGUGUUUCUAGACAAGGAUGAUAGACCUGUUGAAUACUACUGUUCCCAUCCGAACGGGUCAAAGUUUAUCGUUGGUCACUACAAUAAUAUCUGUGCUCCUGUAAAAGAUUAUGGCCAGAAUGUUAAAUGUAUAUUUUCGAUCACUUUAGGAAGAAAAAGCUGUGAGAAACCAGAUCCACCCAAAAAUGGUGCCCUAACCUGUACAAGCCAAAAUAAACUGUAUCUACAAGUAUGUUUGGUACAUUGUAGUGACAAUUAUGAUUUUGUCGAGUUACCUGAGGAACAAUAUCUAUGUCUUCUCAAUGGUAAUUGGUCUACGGAAUUAUGGCCAGACUGUUCAUCUGUUCACAUUCCUGGUGCUGCUGCCAUGGAGGCAAUGCUUGAAUAUUAUUACUUCACUGGAGAUUGUGUCAAAGCACAUGACCAAAUUCGUGGUAUGUUCCAUAGAAAGUUAAGUGACCAUAUUGAUAAAUACUGCAGUAAAGCAGAGUGCAGUGUCGAGGAUAUUGAAGUAAUAUGUCAUGAAACUGAAGAACGUAGGAGAAGAGAUACAAGCCAUGCAAGGAGAUUUAGAUUAUAUAAACGUGACCAAACAGGUGUUGCUCAAGUCUUAAAGAUACGGUUUAAAAUUGUAGGUGUAAUAAUGAAAAGCAACAUUACAGAAAAGGAACAAUUUAAGCUGCGAAGAAUUUUAGGACUAAUAAACCUUGAGAUAAAGAAACUAGAUGAUUUAAAUAUAACAUCUAAUGUUAGUAAUCUCAUUGGUGACCUAAGUGUAGCACAAUAUUCCAGUGGAAAAAUUGAAAUUCAGGCAAACUGUGGAGACAAAAAUAUGGUAACUGUUCAGUCUUCUACAACAAAGAUGUGCUUGGAUUGUCCUGUUGGCCACUUCUAUAGAAAUAAUAGCUGUAAGCCAUGUCCUGUUGGAGAAUAUCAAGAUAAAGAAGGACAGAAAAGUUGUAUUAAAUGCCCUCCAGGAACCAGUACUACAAAAACAAAAUCCAAGGAUAGAGACGAUUGCCGAGAUUUCUGUCGACCAGGCACUUUCUCCAGUAAUGGAUUUUCUCCCUGCCAACAAUGUGAACUUUCCACAUAUCAAGAGAACUACAAUGCUACUUCAUGCCAGAAAUGUCCUGGUUCCUCAAUAACCACUACAUUUGGAGCAAACCACUUCUCAAACUGCAGUACACCUUGCUCUCCUGGCAGUUAUAACAACAAAACAGGUUUGGAACCUUGUACACUGUGUCCGAAAUUUACUUACCAACCAAACAGUAAAUCCAAAAAAUGCUUCCUAUGUCCCUCGAAUAGCAAGAGUCAAGAACGGGGAGCAAAAUCCAUCCAUCAAUGUUUAUAUAAAGACCACUGUAAAAAACCAGGAACAAACUUAUCUGUAUGUGAGAACAAUGGUAUUUGUCACAAUAACUAUGGUAAUUUCACCUGUGAAUGCUUGGAUGGAUAUGAAGGCAAACUUUGUGAAAAAAAUAUUGAUGAAUGUUUGAAGGGCAAAUGUUAUAAUGGAGGAACCUGCUAUGAUGGAAUCUUCAAAUUUUCUUGUAAAUGUCGUUCAGGAUACACAGGUUCUCAGUGUGAAGAGGAGAUCAAUGAGUGCGAGUCUUCUCCUUGUAAAAAUAAUGGAUCAUGUGAAGAUCAAUUGAAUGGUUUCAAGUGUUAUUGUCCACAACAGUUCAGUGGUAAAUAUUGUGAGAAUGAAUUUAGUUAUUGUCAUUCUUCUCCUUGUUCCCAUCAUGGUGUCUGUGAACAUCUGGGGCACACUUUCCGUUGUCACUGUGAUCCUGGAUUUGCUGGCAGACAUUGUAAUCUGACAAUUGACCAAUGUAGAUCUCAUUAUUGUUUGAAUGGUGGUACCUGCAAGAAUUCAUUAAACUUUCCAGUCUGCAACUGUUUGCCUGGUUUCACUGGACAAAAUUGUGAAAACGAGAUUGAUGAAUGUGAAUAUAACAGGUGUAAAAAUGGUGGACAAUGUAUUGACCUCUUCAAUGACUAUCAUUGUUCUUGUAUUGAUGGAUACGCUGGCAAGAACUGUCAACAAGAGGUCAGCCCCAAUUUUGAUCUGGUGUUUCAACAUGAAGGCAUAACAAAUUAUGUUCAGGUUUGGUUUUUCCCUAACCCUGUAGAGAUCACCAUCACUUUUUGGAUGAGAACUUCUGAUGUUUCUAGUUUGGGAACAAUGGUUUCCUAUAAGAAGGAAAGCAACGAUAUCUUCAACCCUGAUAACUUUGCACUUUAUGACUAUGGAAGUUUGCAGCUGUGUGUUAAUGGAAAGAAGGCUAUCAUCGGCAUCUCACUCAACAAUGGCAUGUGGCAGCAUGUUUCUGUAACUUGGGCCAGUAAGGAAGGAAAAUGGCAGCUUUAUCGGAAUGGCACAAGAAUUGCACAUGGAGAAGGACUUGCUACAGGGACCAUGUUGCCUGUAGGCGGAAAGUUGUUUAUCGGACAAGAUGCCAAUGUACAGUAUGGGGCAGCGAAUGCCUUUGAAGCUUAUAUAGGGGAAAUAACUCAGAUGAACAUCUAUGACCAGGUUCUGAACGAUUCCGAAGUGAAAGAUAUUGCCAAUCAAGUGACUUGUAACCAAAAAUUUGGUAAUGUGUUGACUUGGAGCGAAUUUGCACUAAAUGUAAAAGGAAAUGUUACGAUUAGACAGAAUUCUUGGUGUCUUGAUAUUAAUGAAUGCUUGUUCCCUGAAGUGUUUCCAUGUACUCCACCCAUGCUUUGUAAUGACACUCUUAAAAGUUAUGAGUGUAUUAGCUGUAUCUAUGGUUACGAAGGUCCUAAAUGUGAUAAAAGCAUUGAUGAGUGUCUCCUUGGUGUUUGCCUCAAUGGUGCCAGCUGCAUUGAUGGGCCCAAUCCAUAUGAUUAUGUCUGUACCUGUGCUCCUAACUUUGUGGGGAGAACUUGUGCAGAUGAAUUGAAAGAUUGCACUGAUGUUGGCAAAUGUCAUCCAUCCGAAAGGUGUAUUACUGAUGGUAACAAAUUCUACUGCCAGAAGAGUGGUCAUACUACUAUUGACUCUCCAACCAUUGACUGUUCUAAGGAGAAUCCUUGCAAAAAUGGUGGAACCUGUGUGGCUGAUACAAACCCUAACAGAUGUAAAUGUACCUCCAAGUUUAAGGGAAAGUAUUGUGAUGUUGCAUUUCAGCCAACAUGUAAACUCUCACCUUGUCUGAAUGGUGGUACAUGUGUUCCACUAACCAACCACAAUCUCAAUCAGGGUUACAAAUGCAUCUGUCCACAGCGCAUCAAUGGUUCUGUUGUAGAUUUGGAUGACAACUGUGCUUUACAAAAUCCAUGUGAUUCCUAUCCAUGUCAAAAUAAGGGUAUAUGUCUAAGUUCUAAAGAGGAUGGAUUCAAAUGCGAAUGUGCUGAUUAUUUUAAGGGAAAAUAUUGUCAGACACAAACACACGAAUCUCUAAAAUGUGAUGAUAAUAUGAUAUGUCACAACUCUGGUACCUGUGUUAGACGCAAUAUGACUGCAUAUGACUGUAAAUGUACUUUUAGGUACACAGGAAAAUUAUGUGAAACUCGUAAAAAACAAGUAAAGAAAUCCUAUGAUGUUACUGUUGAGGUCCAAUAUCCUUUCUCAAACUCCAGGUCCGAAGAAUUUUCAGCUGAAUUUGAAAAGGAGCUAAAAUCAUUAUACGAGAAAGUUAUGAAAAAUGUCCAGAUAAAAGUGAAUAUUAAAAAGCUGAAGCCUGGCUUUUCUUUUAAUGAUACUGUGGUUCAAUUCAGAAUGAUUCUCAUUGAAUAUAUAAACUCUGAUGACCGUGAAUCAGUUACAAGUGAAUAUCCAGUAAAACGAGUCAUUGAAGAUGCUUUGUUUCAAAACACACUCGGUGAAUUUAAGGCAUCUCACCGGCAGUUCCAAUUUAAAGAGGUCACAGAUAGAAUGGUACGUAGUAGUACUGUGUUCUAUGUUCUACUGGCUAUAUUUAUUGUGGCCAUUGUUGCUGUUGGAGUCUGGAUUUACUUCAGAAAGUUUCGGCGCAGGGAAUCACCAACUCUAAACUCUGAACAUAAUGACUGGAAUACAAUACAACAAACAACUAAUCCUGCUUACAGUCCAACACUUAUCCGAAGACCUCCUCCACCCAUUCCAAUUGAAGACAAUCAUUAUGCAGAACUUUCAGAUGUGGUACCAAAUUACAUGAAACAUUCUCCAAAAGCAGCAAACUGUGAGAAAUUUGAAUACCCCUUAGAAAUCAAAAUAUUUGAGGAUGAUCCACCUAGUUCCAUUGGCAAAAUCAGUCCCCUUACCAAAAAUUGGUCAUGGAUUAAUGAAGAACCUGAAAAGGAGAGUAAAGAUACACCUCAAUUUAAGCUCCAAGAUGGUGUCUCUAACAGAGCUUAUGAUGCUGGUGAUUAUAUGGUGCCUGUCAGCGAACGGUCUGGAGAAUCAACGGCAGAUGAAAAAGAAGAUGAUGAUACAGAAGUUCAUUAUGAGUAUGAGAGCCAGCCACAAUAUCUUGAACUUGACGACUCUGGUAACAAAUCAAAAGUUCCAGCUGAAUUAAAGCCGACACUUCCUAAAUUAGAUGAUGACUUGCCUCCACCAUCACCACCUGCUCUACCACCUCCACCCCCACAUGAACUCAGACCCCUUCAACCCUCCCCUGUAGCACGACCAAGAGGGAGGCCAGCAGCUCAAAGUGCAAUGUUAUCACAAAGAAAACUUCCACCUUUGCCAACACGACGUAAACGCCAUUGAUCUAUUUGGCUGCUUAUUGACAUCAAAAAUAAUUAUGCACACACACAUAUAUAUAAAUAAAUAUAUAUGUAUAUAUAUA